AUGAAAAGAAAACUCUUAAAGAUACUAAAACUAAUUUUUUUUUUUCAAAAUAAUCAAUUAGAAACAACAGAUAGAUUACCAACACAAGCAAUAACCAGACCACAUUAUGACCAUCAAUCUGGUCCUCAAGCACAAACUCACGAUAGUCAUAAUCAAACACAACUUCCAGGUAGACAUAUAAGUCAAACUCCAGAACCUAUUGAUUUUGAUGGUUUGGGAAUUCCUAUAGAGGAAACUCAGCAAUUACUUAACGAGAUGAGAUCAAAUCUUUCUCUUCAAAGAACAAUAGCAACAACAACAACAACAACAUCAGCAUCAACAGCAACCGAUCAAGAACAAGAGAUCAGUCAAGCUAGAGAUUAUUGGAAUUCGGCCCCACCACAAAUACCACAACAAAUUAUAUCUACAACAAAAAAACCAACCUUCUCCAUAGCUACGUCAACAUCCACACCAAAUGUAAUAAGAAUAAGUGUAACAGAUCAACCAUGCAUGUCGGUACCAUUACCAACCCAAAACAGAAUUGACAAUCCCUGGUACUUCCUAUGGAAUGAUAUUAAUGAAGAGUUAAAAAAAUCAUAUAACUUUUUCAUAAAUAAUAUUGGAUUUCAAACAGAAACAGUUUUUUUGGAAAACUUAAAUAAUUUAAUCCUUGAUAAUAAUAAUCAAAAUCAAAAGGAUUUCGGAGAGUAUCAAAGUGUAUUGAUAUUUUGCAAAAACAAAUUGGAUGCGGGAACGAGUGCAGCCUCAAGAGAUCAACUAGAGAAAUUAAAAACAAAUUUAAUUAAAAUUAAAUUUUUUCUCUUAGUUAUUAACCAGUGA